AUGUUAGUUGAGUCAGUUCUACGAAUGGAAAAACUGCACUGCCCUCUCUGUCAGGUUUGCCCAUCGGGAGUUCUGUGUACGUGUUCCGAUUCGGUCAAAUCGGGAAUAUCAUGCAAGCACGCGCAUGCUUGGGCUCUUUUUUAUGACGAUUAUAGCGGCAUCAGUGAUACACCUGUCGCGGAAGACGGACAUAUGGUAGAUGGUAACAACAACUACUCCGAGCAUGAGGAAAGCGACUCUGCUAUUCAUAUCGCCAUAGAAGGAUCCGACGCAGGCAAAGCUGCUGUCGCUGCAAUAUCUCAGGUUAUUGCGAAAAGUGUUUCUGUGGUUUCAUUGAGUGAGAUUUCAUGCAUUCAGCACUGUGAUCGAAUCUGCUUUGCUGCUUUGACGUGUCAACGACAAGGACCUCAGCAAACCGAAGUACUGGACAACGUGGAGAAAAAGUUGAAGGAGAUCCUGAUACAAGACUUUGGUAGGAAUCCUUUAUGGAAUCGUUGCCUCUCACAAAAGUCCCGUGUUUCACGAAAGAAGGUCGCCAAAAUGACUUCGGAGUUUCAUCCCUCGGACAUAGACCUUAAUUCGAUUCAAAUCUGCGCCAUCUGCGAGGAAAUGCAGCUUCAGCUUGAGUCUCUUGAUGAUGAACAACUCAUGGUGGGGGCUGACAUCGACUGGUGGGCUUGCGACGGAUGUCAGGCCUGGGUUCAUCGUGAUUGCAUUAUGGAAUCCAAAUGCCACUUAUGUGCUGGCAGUUAUCGUCCUACAGAAGAACUCGGCAAUCCCUUAUUCGUUCGCAACGACACCGAAACAUCCCCAAGAAGUUCAGGUCUCGUUUAUGCACGAUUAUAUCUUCUAUUUGCUGUUACCUCGAUCUUCGCGAUACAAGUUUUUUAG